AUGGCUAAGAAGAUUUCUAAAAGAAGUAGAGCAGCAAGAAGAGGUGACAUAACUGAUGAAGCACCGAUAAUCAGCACUUCGACAAAAGAAUCACACGAAAACGAUGGCGUUCGCAAGUCAAUCAUACGGACUCAAAUCAAAAAUGAGACUUUACUCAAUAAGAAAAUUGAAGCAUCACGUAUCCGCAAACAACAACAACAAGAUUCCAAAAAAAAGUCAUCUUCACUAAAACAUAAAGUUGAUCGUAGUGAUAAAUUACAAGGAAUAUUGGCAUCCAAAAUUGAUGCUAGUAUAGCCAGGGCAAAGUAUGUUCAAAAUGCCAGAAAAUCAAACUGGGACAAGACAAAUGCUAGUAUUGAAAUACGAAAUCAUAUGAUUGAGGAAGGUAAACUGAAGCAGUUGACGCAGGAGGAGAUUGACCAAAUGGAGGAGGAUGAGUAUGUGAGGAAAUUCUAUGAGGAUGAUGACAUUGAGGAGAAGGAUGGAGGUGCUGAUGCUGCUGGUGCUGAUGAAGCUAAAGGCGACGGCGAGGUUGAGAAAAAGACAUUGGCUAAUAACAAGUUUGCCUUGUUGGAUGAAGUUGAAGCAUGA